UCGGGACAGGCUCCACAUAUCGGUCUCCUAUGACAACAAUAAUCAAGUAGAUUUCCAAAAAGCAGGUGUGUCUCUCAACAUUAUCUUACAGCAGUACGCCGAGAUCAUGUCAUCCACGAACGAGAAACCAGCCAUAUCCGACGAUUUCGUCGACACCGCUCUUGAGCGCGCGUUUGAAUACACUCAGUCAUCACGCUACGUUGCAGCGAUGCCCAACAUUCAACAUGAAGUCUGCAAGCGACUCACACAGCUCUAUGGUAGGAGGCCAUACGAGGAGCUUCACAACGAAGAGCAGACCUGGAUCAAACAGACACUCAAGCAAUUCAACGAUUACGAGUUCUCAAAGGUGCUCAAGGGUAGCCUGUUCCCCGACAUAUCGUCAGUUACAGCACACCUCAAACUUCUUCGCGUCCUACGCGACUUGCGCGCCGAGAUCAUGGCGCGCGACGGCAUGUUUGGCAUUACCGACGCCGAGUUUCCAAGCUACGCCAGCAGCAGCGACAAAGAUGGCAGAUUUUUGCGUUGGCAGGUCUAUGUCACCUACGCAGUUGAGCGGUACACAAAGUGGUUUGAAAGCCUUCCGAGCAGAGGGCCAAUUGGGAAAACGGGACUGUCGUAUGACAUGCACGGCGAAGGCGAGACGUACGAGAUUACGGCGGAGAAUUUACCACCGAUCGAUGUCUUGAUGGUCCUGCACUCGCACAUGCUGCAUCCACGUGUGAACUGGCAGGACUUGAUGCGGUCGAAUCGUAUGAGCGUGUUUCGAUCUAUGAAGAUGCCGUGGGAGGCAUUGGAGUUGGUGAUCCGGCAGCCUUCGAACCCAAACGGGGCAUGGAAAUACAAUCCGUCCGAGACUUCACGCGAGUACUUUGAAGCAAACACCCUGCGCCAGUUCGAUCUCGAGGACGACAGCAAUUCAAAAUGCGUUGUCUGCCCGCAAUGCUUGUCCGUCAAUUCUGUCGAGCUGUAUAACAAAUCCGGCACGGCCUGGGUGCAAUCCGAGUUUGAGGCCACUUGCUCAGGCUGCAAGUACAGAAUCACACGCGACGGGUUGACUACCGCUGCUUUGCUGGACGAUUGUAAGGCGUUUGAGGAAAGUGGUGUACCUCUCAAGGGCACCUUACUUGACUACAUAGGCGUACAGUAUCCCGAUGUAGCAGGCGUCAUCCCCAACGUGACCCCCGGCGCCAUCAGCGCCGACGUCGCGGACCUCUUCUCGCACAUCAAACCCCGCGAAGACUUUGACCAAGCACAGACUAAAGUUCGCGACGUGUUUAGCAGACUAUCCGACACCGCCAUCGCUCGGAAACGGCCAAGCACGAAGGAAUUCCGGGUACUGUCAUACUAUGUCAAAAACUGCACACCGUUUUGCAUAGAUCUCGAGCUGGCGGUUCUUAGACAGUGUGAUUUUAGAGACAAGAUGGUCAAGUACGCGUACCUGCAGUCGCCGUUCCGGAAUAACGUGAUACAGCGCGCAAUUGUGCGGUUUCUCAAGUUUUUCUUCCUUACGCGCGUUCGGCCGCGGGACUUUUUCGCGCCGCCGAUCGACGCCGACAUUGUCUGGCACACGAUGCUGCUCGACCCGGCCGGCUACGCGGCCACAAGCUUUGCGUUCUUGGGCACGAUUCUGGACCACGCCGAUGACGUGGCUGACAAGGCGCUGUCAAAAUCGCACGAGCGGACAAUGCGCGAGCGGAAAAGGUUUAAGAUCGAUGAUUUCAAUUUGCCCGCGCGGCCACUAUCGACCAAUUUUACGCUGUCAAUUGCGAGGAACGGAUCCUGAACGGUGACACGCUCGUGCAGCGACUCAGGCAUACAUACUCCCCU